AUGCGUGCCGAGAACGGCCGCCAGGAACCCUGGAAGAUUGACUAUGUCGAGAUCGGAAACGAGGAUGAUCUUACCGGUGGCUGUGAAACCUACCCGGACCGGUUCACUCAGAUCUACAACGCAAUCCACGACAAAUAUCCUCAUAUGACACUCAUUGCCUCUACUGGAAAUUACUCAUGCCUGCCAGACCCGGUGCCUGAAAAGGUCAUCCUCGAUUUACAUUAUUACCGCAAUCCGGAUGAUUUCGUUGCAAUGUUCAAUCUGUGGGACAACCAGCCACGCAAUCAGUCCGUGAUGGUCGGCGAGUAUGGAUGUCGCAAUGUUUCGAGUGCCCUGGGAACCUAUUACACCUACAUGCAAGGCAGCUGUAGCGAGGCGGUCUUUAUGAUUGGCAUGGAACGAAACAGUGACGUUGUUCAGAUGGCGGCAUAUGCGCCUAUGCUGGAACAUUUUGGGUUUAUCUCCUGGUCGCCCACCAUGUACGGUUUCGACUCAAGUCCUGACUCCCUAACACCGUCAACUUCUUACUUUGUUCAAAAGAUGUUCGCAUCGAACAAAGGCCAUACCGUUCUACCUGUAACAUCCUCGUCGGACUUUGGACCGCUGUACUGGGUGGCAUCUAAAGGUGACUCGGAGAACUACGUGAAACUUGCAAAUUACGGGCCUCACAACCAGACCGUCCAAGUCAGUGUUCCGGGAACUAGAACGGGAAGGCUAGAGAUGCUCGCCGGCGAGCAGCUCGAGAGCAACCAGCCCCUGAAUGUGACGGUGCAGGCUCUUAAUCAGAGUAUAUCUGAUGCACAGGGGAAAUACGCAGUCAAUAUGCCACCAUGGGCAGUUGCUGUACUAAUUGUGUCGCUCAUCCCGCCUUACGCUGUAGAUUUUACCCAACCGAAAAUGACCAUCCAAGCACACGAGACGGUGUCAGGAGACGAAACCUACGGACCUGGAACCUACAUCGACAAGAGAUUCCUCCCCGUGCCGGAGGACGCUCGUCGCAUCUUCCAGUUUCUUGCUUCUCAGACACCGGGAUUCACAAAAGAACAGGCACUAUGGGAUACCGUCAGAUUUGAGGGCCGCCCCGACCCCAUGAUCCCUGGUCCCAUGAAAUCCCCCGUUGUAUCUGCGGCUCUUCACGCCAUGUGUGGUUUGGUCGCCAACGAGCUGAUAGAGAUCCGAGACAGCAAGCCAGCUGGAGGUUCUGGCGUCAUUGUGAACACUGAUCAUGCCGGUUUGUGGCUCGGAUCAACAUUCACCGCAUACGUAAACGGGACCGACAUCUCGAGUUUAGCUCGAUCCCGAUCAUUGGCCAAUAUCUUCGAUCGGGACUUUGAAAAGGGAUUUGGCAAAGGGCCUUUGGCUUUGAGGGCAACAGCACUGUACCCAACGAAGGACUCGAAUGUGUGGUACCAGCUACACGGGUCUCUGGAUGCGAGCAAAACACUCAAUUCAAUGGGUAUCAACAUGGAUGUGUCACUCAAGUCAGUUUCACAGGAGUACGAGUAUGUUCGUGAGAUUGUACAGAAAUGGAGUCCGGAUGAACUGGAGAUGCACAACGUGAGGCAUGGAUUAUGUGGUAGUAUUUGCUACUCGCCUGAAGGGUGGAGGAAGACAGAGAUGGGCAAACGACUAGAAGGACAUCCGCUUGUCAACUAUACCCACGAGUCUUAUGCGAAGUCAACUCCUCCGGUGCCUUACCCCAAGCUUUCUGAUCGGAGACCCUUAGCUGGGAUCAGGGUCCUGGAAAUGGUUCGGAUCAUCGCUGGCCCUACUAUCGGCGUUACUCUAGCUUCGUACGGAGCUGACGUUAUUCGAGUCAACUGCAGCAAACUGGCGGACUUGAAUGUCCUCCAGUUGACCCUCAAUGCAGGGAAACGCACAGUGGAUUUAGAUAUCAAAGACGAGAAGGACAUGGCUCGUCUCCAAGAGCUCAUUGGCGAUGUUGACGUGUUUGUUCAGGGCUUCCGCUACCGCUCACUUGAAAGGAAAGGACUCGGUUUACGAAGCAUGCUGGAAAUAGCCGCCAAAAGGAACAAGGGAAUCAUCUACGUGGAUGAAAACUGUUAUGGACCGGAUGGCCCUUUCGCUGAGCGACCAGGUUGGCAGCAAAUUGGAGAUGCCGCCUCUGGUGCCUCGUACGUGAUGGGAAAGUCUUUAGGUUACGAGGAAGGUACAAGUGUCCUUCCGCCUCUCCCAAUAUCCGACAUGACCGCGGGCCUUGUAGGCGCUUUGGCAACAAUGAUGGCUAUUCGUGACCGCGCGCAAAAGGGAGGCUCGUACCAUGUGGUAACCUCACUCGUGGCUGCAGAUACAAUCUUACUUGAUAAGGCCGUUGGUCUCUAUCCUGUCGAAGUGACGCAGCAGACUCAGGGCCGAUUUCAGUUCGAGCGAAGCUCUCCUGAUCAAUUUGUUUCUGAGAUUAUGAUCCAGGUAAUUGACGGUUGGAAGCGAGUCUUCCCAGAAUAUCUGUCUCAAGAUUCGCCCUUUAUGGCCAGGUUUGAUGACAGUCCGUGGGGACGACUGGAUAUGCUACAAACCGUUGCGAGACUGAAUGACAGCGAAGCAACUCCUCAUUGGAAAAGCCCACCAGUGCCAAUUUGCUAUUAUGCCAGUAACAUCGACUGGGCUUAA